UUCAUCGCCUCCAGCAAGCAGAGUCUGGACGAGUACAAGAGGCUCAUGUCGCUCGGGAAGGUCUACGGCGUGGAGUCCUACGUCCUGUCUCCCUCGGAGACCAAGGACCUGUACCCGCUGAUGAACGUGGAUGACCUGUAUGGCACGCUAUAUGUCCCUAAGGAUGGCACCAUGGAUCCUGCUGGCACCUGCUCAACUCUUGCCAGAGCAGCAACCGCCAGAGGCGCUGCGAUUAUAGAGAAUUGCCCAGUGACUGGCAUCCAGGUCAAAGUUGAUGAUUUGGGUGUGAAGAGGGUGUCUGCGGUGGAGACACCCUAUGGGACUAUACAGACUCCUUGCGUGGUGAACUGUGCAGGUGUGUGGGCCCGAGCCCUGGGCCAGAUGGCUGGCGUUCACGUGCCGCUGGUUGCGAUGCAUCACGCCUAUGUGGUGACGGAGCGCAUCGAGGGCAUUCAGAACAUGCCAAACGUUCGAGAUCACGACGCCUCAGUGUAUCUCCGUCUCCAAGGCGAUGCCCUUUCCGUGGGUGGAUAUGAGUCAAAUCCAAUAUUCUGGGAGGAGGUAUCUGAAAAAUUUGCUUUUGGUCUCUUUGAUCUGGACUGGGAUGUUUUCAUGCAACACAUUGAAGGUGCUGUCAACAGAGUCCCAGUGCUGGAGAAAACGGGAAUUAAAUCCACCGUGUGUGGGCCAGAGUCGUUCACAGCCGACCACAAGCCACUCAUGGGCGAAGCCCCAGAAGUCCGAGGCUUCUUCCUCGGCUGUGGCUUCAACAGUGCUGGAAUGAUGCUUGGAGGUGGCUGUGGGAGGGAACUGGCUCACUGGGUCAUCCAUGGGCGUCCAGAAAAGGACAUGUACAGCUAUGACAUCAGGCGCUUUCCCCACUCUCUCACUGACAACAAUCGCUGGCUGCGCGAGCGAAGCCAUGAGUCCUACGCCAAGAACUACUCCGUGGUCUUCCCCUAUGACGAGCCCCUGGCAGGACGCAACAUGAGGAAAGACCCCCUGCAUGAGGAGCUGCUGCAACAAGGCUGUGUUUUCCAGGAGAGGCAUGGCUGGGAGAGGCCUGGCUGGUUCAACCCCAAGGGAGCAGCUCCGGUCCUGGAUUACGACUACUAUGGGGCUUACAAGCAGCAGCGUCACGACAACUACACGUACAACCAGCUGCUGGGGGACGAGUACACCUUCGACUUCCCCCCCCAUCACCACAUUAUCAAGAAUGAAUGUCUAACGUGCAGAAAUGCCCUGGCUCUCUUUGACUUGUCUUAUUUUGGGAAAUUCUACCUGGUUGGUCCUGAAGCGACAAAAGCGGCCAACUGGCUUUUUACUGCCGAUGUUAGCAAAGCACCAGGCUCGACUGUGUACACCUGCAUGCUGAACAGGCGAGGGGGUGUGGAGAGCGACCUGACCGUCAGCCGGAUCAGCCCCGGGAGCCCAGCCUCCCCUCUGGCCCCUGCCUUCGAAGGAGACGGCUACUACCUGGCUGUCGGUGGGGCCGUGGCGCAGCACAACUGGUCACACAUCACCACGGUGCUGCAGGACAUGAAGCUGCAGUGCAAGCUCCUCGACUGCUCGGAGGAGCUGGGCAUGCUGAGCCUGCAGGGCCCACUGAGCCGCGCAGUGCUCCAGGACGUGCUCGACACUGAUCUCAGCAACGAGGCCUUCCCCUUCUCCACCCACAAGCUGGCAAAGGCGGCGGGAUGCAUGGUCCGCGCCAUGAGGUUGUCAUUCGUCGGCGAGAUGGGCUGGGAGCUGCACGUGCCCAAGGCAGACUGCGUGAGAGUCUAUCAGGCGGUGAUGAAGGCGGGCGCCCAGCAUGGCAUUACCAACGCUGGCUACAGAGCCAUUGACAGCCUCAGCAUCGAGAAAGGGUAUAGACACUGGCACGCAGACCUUCGCUCUGAUGAUACCCCCCUCGAAGCAGGCUUGGCAUUCACCUGCAAGCUCAAGUCUGGCAUACCCUUCCUGGGACGGGAGGCUGUGGAAGCCCAGAAAGCCACCGGGAUCUCCCGUCGCCUUGUCUGCUUUACCACUGACGAGAAGGUGCCGAUGUUUGGCCUGGAGGCCAUCUGGCGGGACGGUGAGGUGGUCGGCCACAUCCGUCGGGCAGACUUUGGAUUUGCCAUCAACAAAACCAUUGCAUAUGGCUACAUCCACAACCCUGCUGGGGGACCAGUCUCGCUGGAUUUUGUGAAGAGCGGCAGCUACGAGCUGGAGCGGAUGGGAGUUACCUACCCGGCCCAAGCGCACACCAAGUCCCCAUUCGAUCCGGACAACAAGCGAGUGAGGGGCAUAUACUGAGCCACUGGCGGCGGGGGCGUGGCCGCAA